AUGCCCGUGACCGGACGUGGGAUUCAGUGCAAUUUCUGCUCAUUUAUGGAUUGCUUCAGGUUGAUGAGGCAAGCCUCACAGCCGGAAUCCAACGAGAUGCUCUUUGUGGGACAUGAAGUGGCCACUGAGGCGGUGUCCAUCGCGGCCAACCUGCCGAACGAGACGCGGCAGCCGCAGGAGCCCCUGCGACCCAGGAGGCAGCGGCCUCCCUUUCCGGGCGUUCCGGUGGACCCCGCCUCGGUUGGUCUGGAGCUACUGCCAGUCUUAAACGAGAGCCAACUGCAGCAUGUCUUUGAGACUCGCACGCGUGCCACCCGCGCAGCUGAAAAUUAG